AUGGGUCGCGGAGACUUCUACCGCCACAAAUACGGACGUGGCGGUCGCGGCCGAACCACUCGCGCACCUGCUCCCCGACCCGAAGACAACAACCACAACCACAACGACAACCACAACGACAACCACAACGACCACAACAACGACGAAGGAGAAUCUCACUGCGCUGACCGCGCGCCGCUGCCCGUACCCACUGCGUCGUGGCCCCAACUCGCCGACCUCUUCCACGAGCUCCACAACCGAAACUACGGCGCGUACCACGAGCUAAAGUGCGCGCGGUUCGCGUUCGACAGCCGCGCGGGUCUCUGCUUUGCGCUCGCGUUCGACCACGUGCAGGGCGACCCGUACGCGAGUCCCUCGCGGGCGCACGUGACAGUGGCGCCGGCCUCGGCGGCGUUCCCGCCGGCGCUGUACCAGUCCAAGACCCGCACCGUCGCGCUGUGCGACUACUUGACGCGCGUCUUUGCGCGCUGCGCACGCACGAGCGGCGCCGAUGCAAAGACUGGGAGCACGUCGUGGCAGGGGGCAAAAGGCGGCGACAUUGCGGUCGACGCGCCCGGGCAGCACGUGCUCGAGCGCACGAGUGUCAACGUCCUGCCCACGGGCGCGGUCGAAGUUCGGUUCAGCAUCAACCUGCCCGCGCGUGGCCGCCGCAUUUGUGGCGACUGGGCGCGCGCGGUCGUAGUCGAGACGUUGCCGCAGCUGGUGGACCAGUCGCUGGUGUUUGCGAGGCAAGACGAGCGCAAGUUGUGGGCUCACGUGCAGUCGGUGGAAGACCAGGAGACGCUGAGGUCCAUGCUGUUCGAAGCAGGACUCGUGGGCUUUGUUCGCGAGGGCGCCGUGCUGCCGAGGCAAUCGGGCGCCUCGGACCUGCCGCGGAGCUGGGACGCUGCUGUGUUGUUCAAGUCGCCCGAGUCAAUGAGGCGGUCGUUCACGCUGCCACACUGCGGACGUGUUACGGGCAUGGGCAUCCCCCGAGGUGUUACGCUGCUUGUCGGUGGCGGGUUUCACGGCAAAAGCACAGUGCUGAAAGCUCUAGAAGUGGGUGUGUACAACCACGUGCCGUUGGAUGGACGGGAAUUCGUCGUCGUGGAUCCAAAUGCUGUGAAGAUUCGAUCCGAAGACUCCCGUAGUGUCGUGUGCACGGACAUUAGUGCGUUUAUCGACAACUUGCCGUUCAAGCAAGACACGACCCGCUUUUCUACUGCUGACGCGUCCGGGAGCACGUCGCAGGCAGCUAACAUAGUCGAGGCCCUUGAAGUUGGAGCCACGACGCUGCUUAUUGACGAAGAUACGUGUGCGACCAACUUUAUGAUCCGCGACAGGAAAAUGCAACAAUUGGUCGCCAAAAACAAAGAACCCAUUACGCCUUUCAUUUCAAAGGUGCGCGCGCUGUACGCGCAACGUGGAGUGUCGUCUAUUCUUGUCAUCGGAGGUGCAGGCGACUACUUUUCUGUCGCCGAUCACGUCAUUAUGAUGGACUCUUACGAACCGCGGGAUGUCACUGCUGAGGCCAAAAAGAUUGCGAGUGACUAUUGUGAGGUACAACAGGAUACCGAGUUUGGUCGUGUCACGGGACGCAUUCCACAAAAAUGUGGCUUUGAGGUGAAUGGCAAAGUCGUUUCGCGCGGACUGGGUAAGAUCCAAUACGGCGAGGUGGAAUUGGAUCUGAGCGCCGUUGAGCAGAUUGUGGAGCCCAGUCAAGUUCGCACCAUUGCUGACGCCAUUCAAAAAGCUCGUUCUUUCAUGGAUGGAAAGCGCACUCUCAAGGAGAUUUUGGACAUGCUUGAAAGCGAAAUCGACCGCACAGGUUCACUUGAUGUAGUGGGUUUCCACAAAAAGUAUGGGUUCUACGCUCGGCCGCGGAAGCUUGAGCUGGCAGCCGCUAUCAACCGUCUGAGGACCGCAAAGAUGAUGCAGUAA